CGGAAUUUGAUGGCGUAAUUCUUCGGCGGCACCGCAGUUAAGUCAUGUAUUUCUGAGUAUUACUAUUAUGUCAUUUUCCAAUAUGCAUUCAGCUCGUCGCGACGACAUCAACCUGACAAGACUGAUACGAAGGCUUGAGAAGGCCGUUAAUGGACAGGACUGGGAACAACCCGCUGUGAGUGAGUUGUGGUUAAAGUCGCUGGAGACCUUGCAGAAUGUCAAGUUUGCAAAGAGAUUAUUGGUGAAUGUCGAGUUGUCUGGCAUAUCUGCCGAGGAUUCACAACGUUAUGAGAAUAUUCGAUUAAGCCUCGAGCGGUUUGAGACGUUUCUCGAAUCUGUGCAAAAGCGCUCUAUGCCCCAAAGUACCAAACCCAAGCCUAUACUUCCAAGUAUACCACAGCCUGCGCUCGAUAUCCCGAAUCCAGAUCCUCUAUCGGAAAUGCAAGGAGAACCUCCACAAAAUACGUCAAUUAUAUCCACUGACAGUCUGCUCACAUCGCCGUUCGACUCACCGUCAGCAAGUAUUGCGUGGCCUAUCCCAACACUUGCAUCACCGCUUUUACCGACUGCUACCAAGUCCACCGCGAUAGCCAGUGGAGCUUUCCUAGAAAAUUCCAAAGCGAGACACGAAGCCAUGUCGGAGCAGCUAGUGCAAAUGGCUCUUCAGUUGAGAAAGAAUGCACAGAAUUUUUCGGAAAAGCUUGUGGAGGACAAAUCCAUUGUUGAAGAAACGCAGAUGAAAUUGGACAGCAACUUUGGUGUCAUGCAGAAAGAGAGAGUGAGACUUAGGGAUCACAAGGGAAAGAGUGGAUCCACCACUUGUCUUGUUAUUUUUGCUGUCGUUGCAGUGACAAUUACAUUUGUCUUUAUGGUAGCGCUUUUGCGCCUCACGAGACGGUGAUUUGGACACGUUCUUCGGCGUACUGUCCGUCUUGUGCAGCAUCUUUUCUUUCAGGGUAAUUUCAUCGGAGAACCUGGGUCGAUGUCGGCGAUGUCGGUGACACAGCUACAGCAGAGAUAAUUUGUUUAUCCUCAAUCUGUCCCUAUCUGUCCUCAUAAGUUUAUUUACAUACAUACAUAUGUACGUAUGUAUCGAGAAAAUACAGAUUAUCGUCAA